UGCUCGCUGGUUUUUCUUGUGAGCGAGUGAAUUAAUAUUCCACAAUUCACAUCCACUCGCUCAAGAUCGUUCCGGGACGCGCACACGGGAUUCACCACGGAGUGCGUCGUCUCAAACAGAGGAGAAGAUGGAGAGGAGAAGGAGAUUUCUGCAUGGAGCGGCAGACGCAGAGGACACGGGCUCGCGUUUAUGAUGAUGUCAUGGGUUGGCCAAUGCUAAGGCGAUGGAGCUGCUGACGGAUGUGCUGUGGAGGCAAGACGAGGACUUGGGCGCGAACCGAGACCUGUUUCACGGGGGCCCCAAACCCCGCGCCACCCUUCCGCUUCGCAAGCGCCCUCCUCCCAUCGUGGGGGGGGCCGCAGCGCUGCGGGCUGUCACCGGCGGUCCGUGCCCCGGUGGGCCCUGCCCCUUCGACUGCCUCGGGCCGUGCCCCUGCGCCUGCCACUGCCCUGGGCCCCGCAGUGAGAAGAGAGAGGGGGAGGAGGGGGAAGAGGGAGGGGAGCAGGGAGCCGUGGACGGGGAGACGGGGGAGGCGCUGCCCCCAGACGAGCUGAGCGUGGGCACGGGCAGCCUGCCCCCCAAGAGGCCACGCAGCGCCACCCCGCGGCCGCUGUGCCUGGAGGACUGCAUGCAGCUGCUGGAGGAGCUCUUCCCAUUCGUGGACACGAGCGUCGGAGACGCGGGCCCGAUGUCUGGCGCCAACGCAAUGGCACCGACGAGGGACUCCAGCCGAUAUCAGCACCAGCUGCAUCACCACCACCAACAGCAGCAGCAGCAUCACCAGCAGCAUCAUCAGCAGCAUCAGCAUCAGCAAGGCGUGACUCCAUUUCAAGUGGCGUGUCCUCUCUCCGAACACAUGCUGGCCAGAGAUCUGGAGCAGGGCUGGCAAGAGAUAUUGGAAAUGCCCGAGAUGCAGGCGCUCGACGUGACUGCACCCGCACAGCACCAUCAUCAGCACCAGCAGCACCAGCAGCACCAUCAUCAGCACCAGCAUCAGCAGCAGGCGCCGCCAGGAGCCGCCGACGCCUCCUUGUACAGCGAGUCGCCGGAUCUCGUCGAUGGCUUCUGCCAGCGGCGCGCCCGGCUGCCCGGCCAGAGCUUCUACCCAGGCGGAGUUGGCGCCACCGCCACGGGCGGCACGGGCGCCCCCACCGGCUUCCGCGCCGCUUUCUCGGCAGGCUGCGCGCCGCCGCCGCCGCUCGGGCCCGAGCCCCGGGGCUUUGCCCGGGCCAAGCCGGAGUACGCGGCGACCUCCGGCGGCGCCGGCUACGAGGAGAUCGGCUACUUUGGCUCGGCACGAUGCGUGCCGCGCCACGCCGGCGCCCCGCCACCGCAUCCGCCGCCGCCGCCCUCCUCCUCCGCCGCCGCCUCCCCGGCCACCGGCAGCGGCGGCGGCUACCAGCCCCUGCCCGUGGGGCCGCCGGGAGCGACGUUCGGGAGCUUCGGGGUGUGCGGUGGCGCGGAUGGCGUCGGUGUCGUUGGUGUCGCUGGCGGAGGAGGUGGUGGAGGUGGGUCGCGCGAGCAGCCGUGCGCUCGCCGCUGUCUCAGCCCAGGCGCGGGGCCGUACCCCGACUCGGCGGCCGUGCUGCUGCCCUACGCAGACCAACUGGGCUGCUACGGCGGCGGCGGCAGCAGCAGCGAUAGCAGCGGCGGCGGUGGCGACGGCGGCAAAGAGACGUACGAGAGCUUCGGGACCCUGGGCUACGAGGCGGGCGCUGACGGCGGAGAGGAGCAGAUGCCGUGCGAGAUGAUGUACUUGGACCAUCGCCACCAGCGGCACCAGCAGCACGACGUGCGCAGGGGCGAGCCCAGCACCACCCCGGACUACAUCUCCUUCCUCGGCGCGUCGGCCCUGGUGGACCUCGGCGGCAGCGCCGGUGGGGUCUGCGUAGCGGCGAGCGAAGGCGGCGGAGUUUGCGGAGCGGCGGGAAUGACGAGGGUCGGAGGGCCGUUGCCGCCGGGCGCCGCCGCCGCCACCGGGCCCGACUGCCUCCACCCGGACCCCCUGUCACCGCCGCCGGGGGCGGCGCGAUGCGGCGGCGCGGCGGCGUCCCUCCGCCCGCCGCCGCAGUCGGGCGCGGACGCCCGGCCGAGCCGCGACGAGCGCCGCGCGGCCGCCAUGCGCAUCCCGAUCGGCGUGUCACAGAUCGUCAACGUGGCCGUGGACGACUUCAACGAGCUGCUGGCGCGCCACCGCCUCACCGAGCCGCAGCUGGCGCUCGUGCGCGACAUCCGCCGGCGUGGCAAGAACAAGGUGGCGGCGCAGAACUGCCGCAAGCGUAAGCUGGACGGCCUCACGGGCCUCGAGCGCGAGUUGGCGCGCCUGCGGGGUCGCCGGGAGGCGCUGCUCGCCGAGAGGAGGGACAUCGAGGAGGGGGUGGCGGCGGCCGAGCGCCGGCUGGCGGCGCUCCGGGCGCGGGUGUUCGCGGCGCUGCGCGACGAGAGCGGCAGGCCCUACCCGCCCGGGCGGUUCUGCCUGCGGCACACGAGCGACGGCGCCGUGUGCCUCGUGCCCGGCGGGGAGGGCGGCGGCGCCGGCGACGGCGACGGCCAAGCGAGCGGGCGCUGAGGUCGCGGGCGGCGUCGUCGCCUCCGUCCGACGGGACGGGCGACGGCCGGCUUCCCGAGCCACGGCGGGUCCGAGGGGUUCUCUGGAUACCGCCACGGCGGCCGUGACGGUCGGCGGCGCGCCACCGGACCGGCGGUCCGGAGGUCGCCGGGUCGACGCCGUCCCUCCGGGUGCGGCGGUUGAAACAACGCGGCAAGCGUUGGAAGUCCCCGGCCUCUGUCCACCCUGCAGUAGACACUGCGGUCACCACAGGCAGUCGAUUGGCAGGUCGCGCUUGUUGGGGGUAAAGUGUGCGUCGUCCCACCUCUCUCAAGACGUCUGGUUCACGUGGAACGGUCGACCGAAUAUCCUCUGCAGGGGCCUCUCGAGCUCCUUGUAGUGGAGGCCCUGCUGCCAGCAGGGGUCUCGGCAAGGAAUUGCAGGGCUGCACCUUGUGCCUCGCGACCUUUAGCGAACAUGGGAAGAAUACCUCAAGAGUUCCGAGAACCACCGCCCAGGUCAGUGCGUCUUGUCGAGCGCUGGAUUGGUCGUUGCGCAACGGGCGGGAAGCGGGGGUUCCUGGGAAAACCACGACGGCCAAGGUGGAUUCCAGCCCCGUGGGGAGGUGGGGUGUUGAGUGCCGGGCAGCAGCUGUGAUGCCGAAUUUGGUUUGGUGGUUCACGUGCACAUUGACUUCGAGUCGUCAUUAAUCAUCAUCAGCCAUGAUCCAUCCACUGCUGGAUGAGGCCUCCUCAAUCUGUCACCAUCACUCAUGACCCCGCGGUCGAUGCAACAAUCCGUCUUGCUCCUCCGCACAAGCCCAUUCAUCACUCCAUCUCUGCUGCGUGCUUCCCUCCUCCUCUGGCUGCCACUCCCGAUUAUUAUUCUCCAUCAUCGCCCAUCAUCUUUCCAUCAGCCCAAGCCCGUUAAACUGUUAUCUGUCAACGUGAUGUAUUUAGUGACUCUCUCUGGCGUGUUUCAACUCACUGCUCCUGAGCUCGUCAGCCAUGGUGAACCUCAGUGUUGAGGGCCAAAGGGUAACAGUGAGGUGGUGGAGGUGAUGGGGGAGAUGGUGGUGGAAGAAAUGGUGGAGUUGGGCCCAACAUUUUUGAAGUCGCACGAACAGAUCUUUCAAACAUCGACAAGCAUACAACAUGUCUAUCCUACACGUCUAUCCUACACGUCUGUUCAUAAAAAUACAUAUAUUUAUGGCCCAUGGCCCCACGGCCUUCUGGGAGCAAAUAAUCGCGGUGGCGACAUGUUAACUGUCUAGCCUGGUUACAGGAGGUCGUGGGUUCGAUUCCGACCCCGAAGUCUGUAUAUUUGGAGUCUGCAUGUCUCUCUACCCGUGGUCACGUGGAUUUGUCUCCGGUUCCUCCGGCCUUUCCCUCCACAUUUCUAUUUGGCUGAUAUAAAUGCCCACGUGAUGAUAAGCCACUUCGUUGGGCUAUCAUUUCUAGCUAGGUCGCUUCUGAAAGAAAGCUACAUAGAUCUGUGGGCCUUACGUGGUCAAACAAAUAUAGUUUAGAUUCAUGGCCAUGGCUAGCAUACCUUGACUGGUCCUACCACCCCCUGCCACCCCCAACGUCAUUGACGCACAUUGACCAACGUGGUCAAGUAUGGUGAAACAACUACCCCAUGGCUGAGACGGGCUAAAAGGCGGCCUCCAUCCAGUCGCGGGCUAUAGAGAGCGAGCUGCCGCUUUCUGUCGUAGACAUUCAUGGUUUGAUCCACACGAGGAGCUGGAAUUAAAAUUCUAAAUAAAAUCAACCAUUCUCAAUCCACCAAUGGACAAAGGCCUCCCCACGGCUUGUCAGUCAUGGGUUUUUUUUUGGACAUACUUCACCACGCUGGUCAGUACGGGUCGGUGAAGGCCGACAGGGCAGUAGGAACAGUUGUGACAUCACUCACAACCCAGGGCUUCCAGUUAUCACUCGACAUCUUUCAGGAACACUGCUCGGCUGGCUAUGAGUAGUGAAAGUCGGCGUAAGGCACUACCACUAGAGUCCAAGAAAUUAUGUAUUUUUGUGCACUAUAUCUUGACACAUCACCGCAAUACCGUGAAGGAAAAAAAUACGGCGAGAUACAUCCGGUGUGCCAAAUCAAUUACCAGAAAUAAAACAUUCCGGGCUAUUCUGGCUAAAAUUAAUUGCUGCUCACUCCUGAUGCUUGCCACGGUUGGAAAUCGGAACUUGGCGCGACGCGCUCACCGCUGAUCCACCACCACUCCACCUCGACAACACACAGCUGUGCCUUCAGAGCAGAGUGAAUCUUGAACCCUCCUGUGAACUCGAUAACAAACCAGGAGGUCUGCCAACAGACCAAUCAGACAUUAUUCACUUUGGUCAUCGAGUGAGGCCGACUCAACCGACUGGGCCAUUAUUAUGAUCACUGUUGUUAACCGGAAGGAAAAAAACUUUCCAAAUGACACGGAAGGCCGUGGAUACGACUCACUUGGUGAAUGAAUGGGUUCAAUUCCCCGACAAGGUCAACUCAACGCAUCUGUCAACAUGAGCCAUGGUCAAUCGGGUCCUGGAUGAAGACCUUCCCAAGCCGCCAGCACUCGCCACCACCGCCGCCUCUCGUCACACUGCGAUGUAAUUCUACUCAACUGCAUCAUCAUCGCCGCCUCAUCAUUUGAACGAUGACUUUUGUAAUAACUGCUCGGACGAAAGCAAUUUGUCUAUAAAACAGACGCCAAGUUUCCUGCGCAUAUAUUUUUAGCGAACACUUUGCCCAGCGGACGUAGCACGCAGCGGUGACACGUCCACGAUGCAAACUCAAAAGCCUGAUGCAGAUUCUAUGCAGUGGACGGUUUUGUAGUGGGAGGGUAUUUUAUAGGUAAGAUGGUAUAUGUAUGUACGCCGUAGCGCAGCGGUCGGGAACCUAUGGCUCGCGAGCCAUAUAUGGCUCUUCCGGUGACGGCAUAUGGCUCCCAGACAAUUUUGAGUUGAAAAAAAUAAUAAAAAAAUAAAAAAUAAAAUCAGUUUGGAACUGAUUUUAAAAUACUUGUGAUAUCGCUUAAUAAUACUGCGUCAUUUUAAAGUAAACAGAAAUUAGUUUUGAAGAUAAAAUUUCUCGGGUCACGGGUCACGUGACCAGAAGUCGCAUUAAAAGUCAGACAUUUAAUUUAUUAUACGUUAAACAUACUAUAUGGCUCUCAAUGAAAUAUAUUUAGAAAUAUUUGGCUUUUAUGGCUCUCCCAGUCAAAAAGGUUCCCGACCCCUGCCGUAGCGGCUCUGUGGCCCAAGACAAUUAUUGUUGCUUUAAGCCGAGUGCACACCCGGAGCUUUUGGAUACUCUGAAAAAGUCGCUUCCAGAAAUGGCGCAACUUAAAAUUGCCCGCAGCUGAUUUGCCCGCAGCUGACCCGGUAGUUGCCGCACCAGGAAAGUUAAACUGGCGCGUUCAGGAUUUGUGAACGACUAAUCGUAGUUUUUUCGGUAAAGUCACGUAG